GCGCAGAGCAGACCGAAGGAGAAGGGAGCGAGAGAGCGAGAGAGGGAAAGAGCGAGAGAGCGCGUUCGCGCGGGUGACUGAUUGGAGAGUCGGGCAGAGAGUCCGAAAGGAACAUUUCGUUGUUUCUGUCGUGUCACUCGGACAGCGCGAGAAGGAAGAGUGCGAUCGAGAGAGAGAGAGAGAGAGAGAGAGAGAGAGAGCCUUUUCUGCCGAACGAAAGCGACUCCUGCAGGAUCAGGGCCCCCCCCCUUCGUCUCAGACUAGAGCUGGCCACAGAGCCGUGGGCGGCAUCGCUCCAGUUGGACGUGAGGACUAGAGUAGGCAGUGAAUGUCGUUGCUCAGAGAGAGAGAGAGAGAGAGAGAGAGAGAGAGAGAGAGAGAGAGAGAGAGAGAGAGAGAGAGAGAGAGAGAGAGAGAGAGAGAGAGCUUGGCCUGGCCAAGUCCGUAGUGUUGUGCCGGUGCGGACGGAGGGGCUCUGUUUUGGAUAAGGAUGUUUGAAACCCAGUGAGGAAGAUGAGGCCGCAGCGGUAGAUGUCGGACGGAGGAAGCUGUAGUAACAUGUGCUCGUAAUUGGCAGCGAGGUUGGAUUCGAGUGAGGCAGCAGCAUUUCGCACUGCUUGCUGUUGGCAGUGGCCAAGUCAUUUUUUCGAGGAGCGACAGGGUUAUGUGUAUCAUUCAAGACCCACUCUGGUAGUCUUUUGCACCAACUCCGUUACUCGAGGGUGGGGAGGGGUAUCUCUUGGGCUCCUCUCUUCUUCAGCCCCUUCAUUCGGUUGUGUCCAUGCUGUUCCGAGUUACGCUGGUAUGAAGGGCAUGCGUAAGUCACGAAACGGAAGCCGAAGAAUUCUGCCCAACAAUGACCAACUUCAGUUCCAGGCAGUUUGGAUCUUGACGAGGGUCUGGUGAAGCCGUUGGGAUGUUGUGAGCGUCCACGCCCACCGUAAUCACACAGACAAGUGUAAUCCGUUGUCUUUAUCUCCAACAGGUGCCAGGGUUGUGCACAGAGGUGUAGGAAGUCAGCGGGGCGAGUGGAAAGAGGCAUGGCCUCCGGAUACCAGAGGAGGUCCAUAUGCCCAAGAGGAAAGUGUUCUCACACAUAAUGACAGCAGAUUGGAAUCCCGAGAGAGUAGGAAGCAUUGGCGUGGAAAGAGACUACGGCUGCACGAGAGUGCCAUCUCGAGAAUAGGACCAUCAGGAAAUCCUGCACGAAAUUCUGAUCCAUGCGGACCUUGUUGGUGGAACAAUGUGUUGGCGGCCACUAAUUGGUCAAAAUUCUGGAGUUUUUUCCUUCAUCAGUGGAAAAGCUCAAUGGCGUACCGGUUGCUUUGAGAGAUCUUCGUUUGCCAUCUGCAAGUGAUUGUAGGUUACACAUACAACAAAAUUGGACCAUUUUCCGAGGGCGGUAAUGACGGAGCUUGCUGUCAGCAAAUAACACUCAGGAUGGUUGACAGUCGAAGAAGUCGAGGAUAUCGCCUUCAAGACAUCCGAUUGUUCGCUCAGCGCUUUCUGCAAAAUUUGAUUUAAACAAACUUCUUGCCUAUCUGCUGGUGAUCGGUUGGAAAGAACCUCUCAUGGCGUCUAAGAGUUGGAGAAGGGCAAUGUCAUUACCCUUUUUGCUCCUCGCAUGAUGCUACACACGACAGUGAAACAUUGAGUUGUUAUCCUCCUAUCCUUGCUCCGCCGAGACAGAACUGAGCGCUCAAGCUGAUGGACGAUUUGAGUGUUGUCCAUCUCCAGCCGUUGCAUCAGUCAGUUCAUCUGGUUUCCGAACGAUACCGCAAACGAUGUGCACUUCAGAUACUAUGACCAUUAUGAAAUGUUGAAUAUGGACCAAAUGGGGAAAGCAUGGAUCUUGAUCCCCAUUUUGGUCUGGCAUUGUCGGCGCGACUUCCUCUUAGGAUUCAAACAUGUGCUGAAAACGGCCCUCAAACGGCGAUCGGUGGUCUCACGCGCAUGCUUGGUUCCGAGCGCUUCUUUUUUGAAGAUUGUCCUGCUACUUCUGUGGAUUGGAACAGUGAACUGCAGGGCUGAUCAAACUCGAGUAGAGAAUCAUAAUAGGAAUACAGGGAGGCACACCACUCAGACGCAUUCCUGCAUCCACGACGAAAUUUUGGAGCAGAGGCGAAGGUUGGGGAUCAAAGAGUUUACAGUAACACCUCAGGUUUAUGCUAGCCUUGAUGAAGAAAAUGAGGAAUACAGACGGGGCCGCGGGCUUUUAAGUGUUUCGAGCUGGACAGAUGUAGAUGUAGAUAGAAGGCAGUCAAUCAGGAUAUUUUUAAAUUACGAUGCGGUGGGACAUUCCCCUGACAGAGAUUGUCGCACAGUUGGAGACAUAGUGAAGUUAGGUGAACCUGCGCCGAGUGCAGUCUCAGGAUCUCCAGCAUGCAAUCCCCGUGCAGACCCUCCUGUUUAUGGUGACUGUUGGUACAACUGUACUUUAGAAGACAUUUCAGGAGAAGAUAAGCGAAAACGUCUUCACGAGGCAUUAGGAGAAACAGCAGCAUGGUUUAGAAGAGCAUUGUCAGUGGAACCUGUCAAGGGUCCCUUGCGGCUCAGUGGCUACUCUGCGUGUGGGCAAGAUGGUGGUGUGCAGCUGCCUCGUCAGUACGUUGACGAAGGAGUCAUGGAUGCAGACUUGGUGCUUCUAGUGACGACAAGGCCUACAACCGGAAAUACCUUGGCGUGGGCUGUAGCCUGUGAACGUGACCAGUGGGGUCGUGCUAUAGCCGGUCACGUGAAUGUUGCCCCAAGGCAUCUCACAGCCGAGGCGGAAACUCUGCUGUCAGCUACCCUCAUCCAUGAGGUUAUGCACGUCUUGGGGUUUGACCCACAUGCAUUCGCUCAUUUCCGAGACGAACGCAAGAGGAGGAGGAGUGAGGUAGUACGGCAAGGAUUUGAUGAAAGGCUGGGGCGCAUGGUCACCCGGGUUAUAUUACCACGAGUCGUCAUGCACUCACGACAACAUUAUGGAGCUUACUCAGAGGACUUUUUGGGCCUUGAACUCGAAGAUGGUGGUGGACGGGGCACAGCUGGUUCACAUUGGGAAAAGAGACUGCUGAUGAAUGAAAUCAUGACUGGGUCUGUUGAUACUCGUUCCGUUGUGUCUGCAAUGACGCUAGCGUUGUUGGAGGACAGCGGGUGGUAUAGGGCAAACUUCAGCGUGGCAGAGCAGCUAGAUUGGGGUCGAAAUCAAGGUGUGGAUUUUGUGAGAUCCCGAUGCAGCGAUUGGAAUGGAGCUUAUUAUUGCAACUCAACUCAUUCUUCUGGUUGUACCUAUAAUAGAGAAGCUGAAGGCUACUGCCCUAUUGUAAGAUAUAAUGGUAAUUUACCACCUUGGGCACAGUACUUUCCUGAGGGCAACAAAGGCGGCCAGUCAUCUCUAGCUGACUAUUGUGCAUAUUUCGUCGCAUACUCGGAUGGUUCCUGCACUGAUACUAACAGUGCCCGUUCACCUGAUCGAAUGCUUGGUGAGAUGAGGGGUGAAGAUUCACGGUGCAUGUUGUCGUCUUUAGUGAGAACGGGAUUCGUACGAGGUACCCUUACUCAGGGGAAUGGAUGCUAUCAGCACCGCUGCAACAAUCAUAGUUUGGAGGUCGCCGUCGAUGGAGUUUGGAAGGUUUGUCCGAAAGAUGGCGGUGUUGUCCAGUACUCUGGCUUCAAUGGUGAGCUGAUCUGUCCUCCUUAUCAUGAACUGUGCAACAAGUUUGCUCGAACGUUGCCAGGGGAGUGUCCACACGCAUGCCACUGGAACGGCGAGUGCAUCAAUGGAGAAUGCAGAUGCUUUAUUGGCUUCAGCGGCGACGAUUGCAGUGAACGUGACUGUCCUAAUCAGUGCAGUGGACAUGGACUCUGUACGUCGACUGGUAUAUGUGAAUGUGAGUCAGGCUACACAGGUGUUGAUUGCUCAACUGCUGGUUGUGAUGAACAGUGCAGUUUGCAUGGGGGUGUGUGCGAUAAUGGAGUAUGUGAAUUCCGAUGCUCCGAUUAUGCUGGGUAUACAUGUCAAAAUAGUUCCGGACUCAUACCUAGCCUUUCACUAUGUGGUGAUGUCCUUGUUGGUGAAGAACAAGGCCAACAUUGUGCACCUAGUGAGGCCAGUAUUCUCCAGCAACUCGAAGCUGCCGUAGUGAUGCCCAAUUACAAUCGGCUGAUCCCAAGUGGUCGACCUUUUUUCAACGUUUUUGACAAUGGAUAUUGUGCUGCAGCAGCCAAACGCCUAGCUUGUUGGAUUUCAAUUCAGAGAUGUGACAGAGAUGGUGAUAAUCGGCUGAGAGUUUGUCAUUCGGCAUGCGAAUCGUACAACUCAGCAUGUGGCGCACGACUAGAUUGCUCAGACCGAACACUGUUUAGCGGAGAGGACGACGGGGAAGGCACUUGUACAGGAGAUGGGGCCGUACGCCCAUGGUGGCAGUUCCAUUUCAGAACUCUUCUUCUUGUAGGAUUAUUAGUGACCACAACAUGCUUCUUUAUAGGAGCAAUUCGACAUAUUUAUCGCGCAUGUCAGACAUGUAGAGUGAAUGGUGUGCACGACUUGCAUGGGGCUUACUUUUCUCUGGAAGGUGAGUCACCAGCUACGAAGCCGUGGGCUACUUCGACGAGGGGAUCCAUGACAGCAUCAGGAUUCCCAGGGUUUUGGUGGCCGCUUACUGUUUUAAAGGAAUGUAGCCACGCCUGUAGAAGUUUUCUCAGAGAUAAUCUUUCGGUUAAGAUAUUCCAAUUAUUUUCAUGGCGAAGGCAUGAAGAUGAUAUUGUUGAAUCUGGGAAGCAUGUACGGAGCUCUGAAGCUUCACCAGAAUUGUAGCAAUUAGGAUCGCAAAGCCUUUUGAAAGGCUGUUGCAUUUUGAACUUCUCACGUAGCGUGGCCAAAACUGGCCUAGGUUCAUUACACCAAAAGGUUAGACGAAGUCCACUUUCUCAUUCAGGGUCGGGGUCUGGAAGGCAAGCAAACAUGGAUAGUCUCCGUUCUUCAUCUUGUCCUCACGUUGCAGUAGGUUGGAUGAAUGCCGUGUAAAAUGAAAUCUUGCUGGAUGUUCGACUGUCAUAGUGUGUCUCAUCCACGUCGUUCUCUCGCCGCCAAGCACUGCCUGGAAUGCUAGUACAAUCGUAUCUCGUGAUGAUUUAUACAUUCUACACAGUAAAUAUCAGUCGGAUUCUAACUCGGACCGAGCGAAUUGUAAGGACUGUGGAGUGCGUGACACUUUCGCCAACACUGUACACAGGCACGUAAUAAAUAGCAUAUAUUCAACU